UGCUGGCACACACAUGUGGUGAACUUUUUUUAAAUAGUGCAGUGGCAUUCUGUAUUUAAAUAUUUAAAUACGUUCCAUUUCACUUAAAUUUUUGGCGCUAAAAUGGGUUUUCGCUUUUUCACAGCCAGACGGCGACUGUAGGGUUUACCAGGUGUCAUCCAAAGCGCAGAAUGUUUUCCUUAUGCCGCCGUUACAAAGAUGAACACGAACAUGGCGGUACGCAGAUCAAAGGUGGUUACAUGCUACGCUACAAACGCAAAUACCUGUGGAACUCGUGGUCAGAGGAAUGGGUGGUGUUGUACGACGACUCAACCAUGGCGUGGUUUAAGGACGCAUCAGGAAAGUACAUGGCAACACAGAAACAUCUCGUGAAGGAGAGUCCAGAGAUGCUGGCCAUCGCCAACUGGACCGGCCAAGUGCCACGGCGGCCGACACUGCCACCGGGGGCGAAGCUAUCUCAGCUCAUGGCAUUAGGAUCCAGGCGGGACCCUGGACAAGUUGUAUGGAUGUUGGCCAAAUCAGACGCCGAGAUGAAGGAAUGGAUGCAAGCAAUAUCAAAAACGCUUCCCCCACCGCCUCACAUCGAGCUUGUUAUGUCUAUGCCGUACCUACGAACUGCCUUCAAACGACCCACGGUCAGAGUUAGACCUACGUCUUCAGAGGUGUACUCCAGGAACGGUCGGAACACAAUCGGCGCACUGGAUGGCCGAGGGCUGGUCGCAGUCAUAAAGAGGCAGGUUCCGUUGGCUGGCCAGCUCGGCCACGAACUGGCAUGGGGCCAGGGUUGGGGAUGGGUCACAUUGCCCAACGGCGUUUGGAGCGGACGCCUGACCUGGUCACAAGAAGGCGAAGACUUCACGCUCCACGCUAUGCCAAUUAUGCAUCAUACCAACGUCUCCCAAGCUUGUUCCAUGCUGGAUGGAGUGACAGCAUACGAGGCAUCAGUUUACGAUCAGGCAUUGGCUGAGUACGACGACACUGCCGGCACAUCAGACGACUGGGACUUCGGUGUCGAUUGCGGAGAUUUCAUGAUGUAAACCAUAUUAACACUUACCGUAUUAAACUUUCAGUUCAUUUUACAUUACGUGCUGAUUUGGAAAGUGAACAUUGUAUGUACAAACUUGAAUAUGGGAUUACAACAGACAAUUUGUUGUUAAACAGCAAUCUGAGCAAAUAUAGAAGCCUGUGCAAACAGAACUAUACAUCCAAUUACUAUUUAAACG